AGAGUGAGCUAUACAAACGAAGCUUUUAUUUCCCCAUGAACAAGAAAUCCCAUUCCAUCUUCCAUCAAAUCCCAUCAUAAAAAACCCUAGCUUUCUCCUCUCUUCCUCACAGAUCCAAAACCUAAAUCCACCGCACGUCGGACGGACGGCAAACGGCAAUGGCCACGGCGGCGACGAUGGUGAGUUCGGCGGGCGGUUUAUUAGCGAUGUUGAAUGAGAGUCAUCCGCAGUUGAAGCUACACGCGCUCUCCAAUCUCAACACCUUUGUUGAUUACUUUUGGCCCGAGAUCUCUACUUCCGUCCCCGUCAUUGAAAGCUUGUACGAGGAUGAAGAGUUUGACCAAAGACAACUAGCUGCAUUAGUUGCUUCAAAGGUUUUCUAUCAUUUGGGUGAACAUAAUGUCUCAUUAUCCUACGCCCUUGGAGCUGGCCCUCUUUUUGACGUUUCUGAGGAUUCCGACUAUGUUCAUACGGUUCUUGCUAAAGCACUGGAUGAAUAUGCAAGCCAUAAGAUUAGGGCAGCUGAGUCAAAUGAAGCCACAGAGGUGGAUCCCAGGCUGGAGUCUAUUGUGGAGAGAAUGCUUGAUAAGUGUAUAAAAGAUGGCAAAUAUCAACAAGCCAUUGGCAUGGCCAUUGAAUGCCGAAGGCUGGAUAAGGUUGCUGAAGCAAUUGUGAGAAGUGAUAACGUUGAUGCUACUCUAGCAUAUUGCAGUAAUGUCUCCCAUAACUUCGUUAAUCGUAGGGAAUAUCGUAGUGAGGUGCUUCGUCUUCUUGUGGAAGUGUAUGAGAAGUCACCAUCUCCAAACUAUUUGAGCAUGUGCCAGUGGCUUAUGUUUUUGGAUAAACCAGAGGAUGUAGCAAGCAUAUUGGAAAAACUAUUAAGAUCAGAAAAUAAAGAUGAUGCUCUAUUGGCUUUUCAAAUAGCUUUUGACCUUGUAGAGAACGAGCACCAAGCUUUUCUUUUGAGGGUAAGAGACCGGCUCUCCGGCCCAAAUCUUCAACCUUCAGACCCGGUACAGUCUAUACCUGUGGAUUCUGAUCGAGCAGCGACUGAAGAUGCAGAAGCUUCAGAGGAUGUUCCGUUGUUGGAGGAAAGUAGACCUUCAGGUGGAACUAUAACAGCUGCAGAUCCAAAAGAAGUCAUAUAUGCUGAAAGGUUGGGAAAAUUGAAAGGGAUUCUAUCAGGGGAGACAUCAAUACAGUUGACCUUGCAAUUCUUAUACAGCCAUAACAAGUCAGAUCUACAUAUUCUUAAAACAAUAAAGCAAUCCGUUGAGAUGAGAAAUAGUGUGUGUCAUAGUGCGACGAUAUAUGCAAAUGCAAUCAUGCAUGCUGGAACUACUGUGGAUACAUUCCUCAGGGAGAACCUGGACUGGCUAAGCCGUGCAACAAACUGGGCUAAAUUCAGUGCAACAGCUGGACUAGGUGUUAUUCACAGUGGCCAUUUGCAGCAGGGGAGAUCACUUAUGGCCCCUUACUUGCCACAAGGUGGAGCUGGUGGGGGUGGUAGUCCAUAUUCAGAAGGCGGUGCCCUAUAUGCUCUUGGUUUAAUUCAUGCAAAUCACGGGGAGGGUAUCAAACAGUUUCUUCGUGAUAGUCUACGUAGUACAAAUGUCGAGGUUAUUCAGCAUGGUGCCUGCUUAGGACUUGGGUUGGCAGCUUUAGGAACUGCUGAUGAAGAUAUCUAUGAUGACAUUAAAAACGUGCUAUAUACUGACAGUGCUGUUGCUGGAGAAGCUGCUGGUAUUGGUAUGGGUUUGUUGAUGGUUGGAACUGCAAGUGAGAAGGCAAGUGAGAUGCUUGCUUAUGCUCACGAGACACAGCAUGAGAAGAUAAUCAGGGGUUUGGCACUAGCUAUAGCCCUUACAGUCUAUGGAAGAGAAGAAGAAGCAGAUACAUUGAUCGAGCAGAUGACUAGGGAUCAGGACCCUAUAUUGCGUUAUGGUGGCAUGUAUGCUUUGGCAUUGGCUUACAGAGGAACUGCGAAUAAUAAGGCUAUCCGUCAGUUGCUGCAUUUUGCUGUAUCAGAUGUUAGUGAUGAUGUCCGCCGUACUGCUGUAUUGGCACUUGGAUUUGUUAUGUAUUCCGAGCCAGAGCAGGUGCCUCGAAUUGUGUCAUUGUUAUCGGAGUCUUACAAUCCACAUGUGCGAUAUGGUGCGGCUAUGGCAGUUGGAAUUUCUUGUGCAGGUACUGGUCUGAGUGAGGCCAUCUCGUUGUUGGAACCUUUGACAUCAGAUGUAGUUGAUUUUGUACGCCAAGGUGCUCUCAUAGCAAUGGCCAUGGUGAUGGUCCAGAUAAGUGAAGCCAGUGAUUCCCGUGUUGGUGCCUUCAGGCGGCAACUGGAGAAAAUUGUCCUAGAUAAGCAUGAAGAUACCAUGAGUAAGAUGGGUGCUAUUUUGGCUUCUGGAAUUCUUGAUGCUGGUGGAAGAAAUGUGACCAUAAAAUUACUUUCGAAGACAAAGCAUGAUAAAAUUACAGCAGUCGUUGGACUAGCUGUUUUUAGUCAGUUUUGGUAUUGGUAUCCUCUUAUAUAUUUUGUUAGCUUAGCAUUCUCGCCAACAGCUUUAAUUGGUCUGAACUCUGACCUAAAAGUGCCAAAGUUCGACUUCGUAUCACACGCCAAGCCCUCGCUGUUCGAGUAUCCUAAGCCAAUCACCGUAACCACAACAACUUCUGCUGUCAAACUCCCCACAGCUGUUCUAUCAACAUCAGCUAGAGCCAAGGCAAGGGCUAGUAAGAAAGAGGCUGAGAAAGCCAAUGCCGAGAAGGCAGCUGGAGAGUCGUCAUCUGGUGCAACAAAUUUGGGGAAGGGCAAGUCUACUGAUAAGGAUGGGGAGUCCAUGCAGGUGGAUGCUCCUGCAGAGAAGAAAAACGAACCAGAGCCAUCAUUUGAGAUCUUAACCAAUCCCGCUAGAGUGGUUCCAGCUCAGGAGAAAUACAUAAAAUUUUUGGAAGAUAGCAGAUACGUGCCAGUUAAAUCAUCACCUUCUGGGUUUGUGCUUCUGAGGGAUCUACGUCCUGAUGAACCUGAAGUAUUAUCUCUCACCGAUGCACCCUCAUCAACUACAGCCAGCACUGGUGGUGGAUCAACUGGACAGCAGGCCCAGGCAUCAGCAAUGGCUGUUGAUGAGGAGCCUCAGCCUCCACCUGCAUUUGAGUACACAGCGUGAUUUAUCGUAAUGUAAAGCUUCACUAAUACGUUGGUUGGUUUUCAUUCCAUGUCGGAAGGUGAUGUUGAAUAGGCCUAUGGAUUAAUAGCACUUUCCAUGAUCAAAUUGAGUCAUGAAAUGCAUCGAUAACAGCCCCUCGGGCUGUUACUUGGCCUUUUGGUUACCA